CAGACAAAACUCGAAAAGAGUAAGGAAGAGGUACAUUUAUGUGAGAAGAUACUAGACGGUAAAAAAGACACAGAAACUAUGGUCUUUAGGCAAAAAAUAGAAGAAAAGUUCCAGAAACUCUCAUUAGAGGAAACAGGCAAGAGCAGUUUGGUAGGUCAUACAAAAGUGACAUUUAAACCCUCUAGUCUGUCUCAGGCUUCUGGAGGUUCCUUGUCAGUGUUUGCUGGAUUCACUAUUGAUGUACAGGAGCCAGCAGUAGAGAGUCUUCCCUGUUCUGUCAAAGUUACAGCCAACAAUGCAGAUCUAACAGGUGGCAAAGUUGCACCACAGAUAGAAGUGACCUCCCCCCAGGGUAAAACCACCCUCAUACAAACAACAGCACACACUAGUCCCCCACUAGCUGCAGGGAAGGGACAAACCAGCAGAGUUAGCAGGGUCUGGGGUGCAGAGUGGAGACCUCAGCAGUCAGGCAAACACACACUGGGGGUCUGUAUGGGGGGUAUGGAGGAUCUUUGUUCUCUCACUGUAGAUGUGAGCUGUAACAAUCCUGUUGUGAGGAUUGGGAAGAGGGGGAGCCAGCAGGGGCAGUUUGACAGGCCUAUAGAUGUAGCAGUCAGGGGGGACAGGCUGUAUGUGGCUGAUAAUGGUAACCAUCGUGUUCAGAAAUUUUCCCCAUCAGGGGAACUGCUGCACAAAUUCCCUCUGGGUGAAUAUUGCACAUACCCCUAUGGGCUGGCAGUACAGAGGGAUGGGAGGGUUGUUGUAGCUGAUCCAGGCAAACACAGCAUCUUCCUGUUUGAGGCAGAUGGGACACUGGUGAAACAGGUGGGAGGGCUGGGGGAGGGGGAGGGGCAGUUUGAUGAGCCAUGUUUUGUCUGUGUGGAUAAAGAAGACAACAUCAUUGUGGCAGAUCAUGGCAACCACCGUGUUCAGGUGUUUGACAGGAAUCUGAACUACAAACACAAGUUUGGUCAGAAGGGCAGACAGCCACAGGACAUGUGGUGGCCUAAUGGGGUGUCAGCUGACAGCAGGGGGAACAUAGUUCUGGCAAACCGUUGGAAGCAUGGUAUUCAGGUUUUUCGCCCAGACGGCACCUGGCUGUCCACCAUUAGCAGUGAUGGGGACAAACUGAAUGAUCCCCGCGGGGUGGCUGUGACAGAGGAUGGACAUGUGUUUGUAGCUGAUGAAUAUGACUACUGUGUCAAGAAGUACAGAUACAUGUAACAGUGCAGAAUGUUCCAGGUACAGGA